GUGCCGCGCAGUUGCUAGGCAACGCGAUCUGGGAUAAGAGCAAAGUUAAUUGCAGCUGUAGAAGUCAGCCAGAGUCGCAUCAGACAUCACGCAUCACUCCACUCUUAUCGGCGGCCACUUAGCAAGCUGUCGUCAAAAUAGCUUAGAAUUUGUAAUGGCAGUGUAUGCUGCUCUAUCAUUCUUAUUGGCCGUGUUGAAAGUAGCUCAAUCUUACACUCCCUAUUGCUCCAUAGAGAGAUAUGUUGGAUUGAACCUUGACUUUGUGCCUCAAGCAUCUUCAUAUUUGCUGAAGAAAUACUGCAAGGCACUUUGUCCAUAGCGUGAACAUUCAAGGCUAGCAAACAAUGAUGACGAAGUGCAAUUUAUUCCGUCUUCAGUGUUUGUCUUGGACCGAAAAUAUGUGAAUAUGACUGAAGGCUACAUCAAUGCAUCUAUCGCAUUUUCUUCCCACACAGAAAGUGUGUGGGAGAUAUUGGUGCAUGUUGAUGCAGAAGUGGAAUCGAUCUGGAUCCUCCAGUCGAUGGAUUGUUCCGACUCCGUCUCAAACCAAGUGCCUCCACCUAAAGGAACCGUCCAAAUAUAUUUUUUACCCGUAUCUGAUAAUUUUUCUCACCUCAUUUUAAAAAUACUCAGACAGGAAACAGAUGUUCUGUGCAAAGAAAGCAUGCAUUCAGAAGUAUGUUCUAAUCUUUCCUACGCUUUCCUGGCUCUCCAGUCGCAUGCACUGCACGAUACAUUGCUACUCACAAUGAAUAUAACAGUUUCUAUGAACUUGACUAUUGAACUCAUGCAAGGCAUGUGUGUUGUUGACUGCUCUGGAAAACCAAAUCAUUGUGAUGUGGCGAUUGAUAGAUUCCAUUGGUAUAAGGAUGAUAAAAAUGUUUUCAAAAUCGAGAACAGGCAGCCAGGUUACUAUUGUGUGAGAGUGUAUCCGGAGAACAGUUGCAUGGAAAAUGAGUGUUGCAUUUUUGGUACGAAUGCAACUUAUCUUUCAGGUGAAAAAAUGGAAUCACACCCGUUACAACCCGAUAUAACAAAGAAACCGGCUAAUCUGAUUAUUGUGCUCUUAUUAAUGAUAAUGGCAAUCGUGUUAAUUGGAUGUAUCAUCAGAUUCAGAUCAUGUAAGAAUAUGAAUGGAGACGUAGAGUGUCUGUCUGCCGAGGGAAAUAUAUUUAUACCCAGAAGCCUGCCAUCAUACAUAACACUUGAAGCUCAAAGAUACUCGCCAGUCUUAUCAAACUCUCCUACCCUUGAAAACGUUGAAGCAUUCCUGUUAUAUUCAAGGCAAUCUGAGGCUUUCCUGGAGAAAAUGAACGACUUUCGUAAACGUCUUGAACAGGAUCGCAUUGUGGUAUAUGACAUGAACAGCGCUGAAAUGGAAGAGCAGAUCAAUAUAGAUAGUGUGGCUUGGGUUGAGAAGAUGAUGAAUAAUUGCAAUAUGAGGUAUAUCCUUGUUGAGCACAAAGAAGCCGUUAUCAGGCACACCGAAUGGAUCGAUAAUACCAAGGUUGCUAACAAAGAUCUCAGGGAGCCCCAUCAUCUUGAUGAACUAUUCCUCUAUGCUCUUACUUCCAUCCACAACAGAUUCUUUGAAGAGGAAUGCAUUGCCCAUGACUAUCGCAGACUUUUCGUUAUCAACUUCCAAGAUGAGAAUGAAAUGAGCUUCAAAUACACAAACUUGGUUCCAUUCAAGAGAUACUGCAUCAACAAUAACGGAGAUGACACCGACCAUUACCGACAAUUGAUUCAAGAUUUAUCUGUAAGAAUUCGCUCAACAGAGUCCGUACUGUAAAAAAUGUUACCUUGGUUCCUAUCUGUGUUUUAAACCCAUCAUAGAAUAGUGAAGGUAGAAUAGCUCUUCCACAAUAAUAUCUCUCUAGUUCUUUCAAAACUUACUGUACCUUCCAAAUAAUUAGUAUAGUAUUGAUGUUGAAGAGUCCUAUACAGUAGCAUAUGCCUUCCUAGAGGAUCAUAAUGGUUCGAGGAUCAAGGCUACAUUAUGCUUGUAUAGGACAUUAUUUAUUGAUGUUAGAAUUUUUAAUAGUUUUGUAUAAUAUAGAUUAGUAGAACUGUUCCAUAUUUAAUGGGCAUUAUUGCAUCCGUCUCAACUUCAAGAUUUUAACAAGUACAAUAAUAUUCAUUCUUGAUAAUCAGAAUCUACAAAACAUUUUGGAGAAUUGGCCUACUGAUACUUUUCUUUAGAUCUAGACUGUUUUGCACUUUUUCACUUGUGAAUGGGUCCAAUCACUUGGAAAUUUAUCAUAUUAUCUUGUUAGGAAAUCCAUAGUCCUAAUUAGAAAACCAUUCCAGACUAGAUUAUUAGACUGCGUGUGAAUGUUUGGUGAUUCUCCCAAUAAACUCUAUUUUAUAAGUAGCCUAUAUCUAUUUUAAAUAGUAGGCUACAAGAUAAACUUUCUAUUUUUCACUUCCAGGUUCUUUUGAUGAGCUAUUUUGAAGAAUUAGAUUAAUUUAUAUACAAUAACUCAUAACUCAUGUUAUAAAUUUGUUCUAUCAAAUGAUUGUUUUGUCAAUUAUAUGAACAAUAUUAGUAUUAUAUUGCAAUCCCACUUUUGUGAUACAAUUUGCAAUAUUGUUUUUUAUAAUACUUUAUUUUAUAAUAGACUGUAUUUUAUAAUAUUUUGAUCCCACUCAAAUCUAGGAUAAUUUCACAAACAUUUUAUAUAAUUUUUCUAAGAUUUAUGUUUCCGUACAAGUUAUAUUAACUGAUAAAUGUGUUUUCGUUCUAUACUAACAUUAUAAUUUUCAUAACUGCUGCUCAAAGGAACCGUUCAUAAUUUUAAAAUUUCGGAGAUCAGGGUAGUGAUAAUUUGAGCUUAGAAUUAUUUUUAUAGUUGUCAUCAAGAUAUUAACGUAUUUAUAAAUUAUAAUAAUUUUCCAUGAGGGCCUCGAAAAAAUGUUUUGCUGCAUAAUUCAUGCCUCACAUUUGAUUCAAAAUUUUAAAUGUGAUAAUAUUAUAAUACCAACUGUGUACAGCCGGACUAAGAUACGGUAUGAUUUUUGAAUGCACGAUUUUUUUCAGUUCUUAUAAAUUCUAUUAGAUUAAACAUAUCUUGGCAAACAGUUGAUGUGUAUCUGCACAAAUCAUGUGUUUGUCAAGUUCCGUUCUAUCUGAUAGAAUUCAUAAUGAUGGCAAAAAUCGAACUCCAAGUGUGUGUAAGUGGCAGACCGGUUAAGAUUAUUACAUUAUUUUUAACAUAACAUUCGUCGUUUCUACAAAAAUUUAGUUUGAUUUUCUGCCAAGUUGUAUUCCAUGUGAAGCUCUGGAGAUGAAAUUUGUAUAUUUUUUGUCAAAAUUCUAUCAUCUCUGGAGAUGGCAUUUACAAUAAUGGUCUUGAAGGUUAUACUUGAUUUCUUCUCCCACAAAUAAAUUUCUGACCCAAAUUAAGGGAAUUUUCAUUCCGAAAACAUCUUAGUAUGCAACCAUUUAAGUCAUUAUCUCCAAAGUAAAUGGUAAAGAAUUAAUGAAUAGCUAAAAUAAGUUCCCUCUUUUCAUAGUUCUAUAUAAUAUCCCAGUGAUAACACUACUGACCAAUAUGCGAUUGAUUUUCAACCUGUUAUACAGUUUUAAUAUAUUUUAUUGUGACUUGGCCUUUGCGACCAUGUCUUUUGCAACUAUAACUCGAGAAAAGAAAACAUUUGCAACCAACUCUGGGGUGAUUGGCAUACAAUAUUCGAUCCUUUCGAUUAUUGUUGAAAUGGAAUCAUUUCCAGAAUAAUUCCAAGUACUGAGUAUCAAACAAUCGUGUUUUAUUACAUACAUAGGUUAUUUUGUGCCUCCCAUUUGCUGCUCAAUUUUAUAUAAAUUUUGAAUAAUAGUCGUAUCAUAUCCGUGAAAUUGAAUGAAAACAAAAGAAUCAAAGAACAAUGUCCAACCACAUGUUGGAGACACCUGAUUCUACCUGAGAAGAUCCAUCCUAACUUAUGUCGGAACCCUUUAGUUUCAAACGUUAUUGGUCGCAAAGACCCUGGCACCCACUUUAUUGAAUAGUAAGCAACAACAUUGAAACAGCUCAACAUCAAACCUUUUUUAUAAAAGCAUGAUUUAAUCAUUGUUGAUAUUAUUAAGCACCUAUAACAAUAACCAUUCUAUACUAUACAUAAGCUCAAAACAUUUUUUCACAUAUAAAAUGUAUUAAACCGUGAUUUAAUUAUUAAUUAUUUUUGAUAUUAUUAAGCACCUAUAACAAUAGACCAUUCUAUACUAUACAUAAGCUCAAACCCGUUAAACAUCAGAACAUUUAUAAAUCGUUAUUUAAUUAUUAAAUUGUUUAUAUUAAUGAUUGUUAUUAUUGUAAUUAUUCUACAACUUUGAAAUAGUAAUCUAAUUUCAGUGAUUCGCUACAGAUUUUUCAGGGUGGUGAUUUUUAUAAUUGUUGCUUUUAAUUUUCAGGAUUGUGAUUUUUUUUAAUUGUUAGGUACGUUCAAGUUUUGUAGUGAGUAUUACAUAGAUUUAAAAUGCUAUUUAAAUUUCAGUGAUUUGCAACUGAUUCAUCGUUAUAUUAUUUCUACAUAGCUUCAAGCUUCAUAAAGUUUGCAAUAUUUUAUGAGAAGCAAUAAUUUUAGUAUGCUUACAGUACUUGUUGAUUAUAUUAAAUAUUUGUCCAAUCCUCAACUUAGGUUCAUGAUGUAGGAAUGUCUUGUCUUUCAUCAAGCUGUUAUAUUUGAUAGUUUUCACUCAAGAUUGUUGUUCCUGUUACAUAUUCCAAUUAUUGGAAAGCCUGACAAAGCAAUUUUGUUAAAGCAUAAUAUUUUUGUAUAUAAUAUGAUUUUGAAUUAAACCUUUAUUCAUAGAUGUAGCCUAUAUAUUUUUUUAAUGUUAGGAUAUCGUGUUAUAUUUAUAUUUGAUGAUUUUCACUAAAGAUUUUUGUAACUAUUCCAUAUUUCGAAAGCCCUUUAAUCCAAUAAAGCAAUUUAACUUUGUUAAAGCAUGUUCUAUUUCUAUAAUGUCAUAAAUUAAACCUUUAUUCAUAUAGUUGUAGCCCAUAUAUUUUUUUAAUGUUAGGAUAUCGUGUUACCUAUAUUUAUAUUUGAUGAUUUCCACUAAAGAUUUUUGUAACUAUUCCAUAUUUCGAAAGCCCUUUAAUCCAAUAAAGCAAUUUAACUUUGUUAAAGCAUGAUCUAUUUCUAUAAUGUCAUAAAUUAAACCUUUAUUCAUAUAGUUGUAGCCCAUAUAUUUUUUUAAUGUUGGAAUAUCUUGUUAUAAUUGAUCACUCAAGAUUUUUGUAACUAUUCUAUGUUUGGAAAACCCUUUAAUUCAACAAAGCAAUCCAAUUUUGUUAAAGCAUGUUCUAUCUCUAUAAAGUCAUAUGAUUUUAAUUUAAACCUCUAUUCAUAGUUGUAGCCUAUAUAUUUUUUUAAUGUUAAGAUAUCGUGUUACCUAUAUUUAUAUUUGAUGAUUUCCACAAAAUUUUUGAAACUAUUCCAUAUUUCGAAAGCCCUUUAAUCCAAUAAAGCAAUUUAACUUUGUUAAAGCAUGAUCUAUUUCUAUAAUGUCAUAAAUUAAACCUUUAUUCAUAGCUGUAGCCCAUAUAUUUUUUUAAUGUUGGAAUAUCUUGUUAUAAUUAAUCACUCAAGAUUUUUGUAACUAUUCUAUGUUUGGAAAACCUUUUAAUUCAACAAAGCAAUUUAAUUUUGUUAAAACAUGAUCUAUUUCUUUAGAGUCAUAUGAUUGUAAUUUGAACCUUUAUUCAUAGUUGUAUAUUUAUAUUUGAUGAUUUUCACUAAAGAUUUUUGUAACUAUUGCAUAUUUCGAAAGCCCCUCAAUCUAAUAAAGCAAUUUAACUCUGUUAAAGCAUGAUCUAUUUCUAUAUUGUCAUAUAAUUGUAAACUAAACCUUUAUUCAUAGUUGUAGCCCAUAGAUUUUUUUAAUGUUAGAAUAUCUUGUUAUAAUGGAUCACUCAAGAUUUUUAUAACUAUUCUAUGUUUGGAAAACCCUUUAAUUCAACAAAGCAAUUUAAUUUUGUUAAAACACGAUCUAUUUCUAUAAAGUCAUAGAUUUUAAAUAAAACCUUUAUUCAUAGCUGUAGCCCAUAUAUAUUUUUUAAUGUUAGAAUAUCUUGUUAGAAUUGUUCACUCAAGAUUUUUGUAACUAAUUUCACAGUUGGAAAGUCUUUUAAUCUGAAAAAGCAAUUAAAUUUUCUUAAAGCAUGAUAUAUUUCUAUAAAGUCAUAUAAUUGUAAAUUAAACCUUUAUUCAUAGUUGUAGCUUAUAUAUUUUUUAUGUUAGAGACUCUUGUUAGAGUUUAUUGAAGAGUUUUCACUCAAAAUUGUUGUAACUGUUCCACAGUUGGAAAGUCUAUUAAUCUGAAAAAAAAUAAUUACAUUUUCUUAAAGCAUACGAUCUAUUUGUAUAAAAACAUAUAAUUGUAAAUUAAACCUUUAUUCAUAGUUGUAGCCUGUAUAUUUUUUAAUGUUAGAGACUCUUGUUAGAGAGUUUGGGAGUUUUCACUCAAGAUUUUUGUAACUAAUUCCACAGUUGGAAAGUCUUUUAAUCUGAAAAAGCAAACAUUUUCUUAAAGCAUUAUCUAUUUCUAUAACAAUAAUAAUAAUAAUAUCGUGUUACCUGGCUGACUCAGGUCUGGUGUCAGAGUUUUCAGGUCGCAACUGAUCAAUUUCAGGGCCUCUGACAUGACCUAACGACUGCUUUUUAGGCAGCCGGGACCGACGGCUAAUUUCUAUAAAGUCAUAUUGUAAAUUAAACCUCUAUUCAUAGUUGUAGCCUGUAAGUAUUUGAGAGUUUUCACUAAAAAUUGUUGUAACUGUUCCAUAUGGUAGUUGAAAAGCAAUUUUGUAAAUGAAUGGUCUGUUUGUAAUGUCAUAUGUUUGUGAAUUGAACCUUCAUUCAUUGUUG